AUGGGUGUCGGCCGGAGGAAGCUGGUCCCAUUCUGGGUCCUAGCCCUGGCCCUGACUUGUAGUCAACACACAGGCCAGGCCCAUCAGGACACUCUGAAAUCUGCCCAAGAGCCUCACUCUGACUUCUCUCUCCUUCAAGGGCAUGAUGCUGUCCCACUCCAUGGGGUGACCAUCAUCCCACCUCUGAAGACCGUCCCCGUGGUACAAGCUCUCAACCCAGCACAUACCGGGAGGGUGUGCAGCACAUGGGGCGACUUCCACUACAAGACCUUUGAUGGCCAGGUCUUCCGCUUCCCUGGCCUCUGCAACUACGUGUUCUCUGCACACUGUGGGGAUGCCUAUGAGGACUUCAAUAUCCAGCUACGUCGUGCCCAGGAGUCUAAUUCCACCACUCUGAGCAGGGUCAUCAUGAAGCUCGACGGCCUAGUUGUUGAACUGACCAAGAGCUCCAUAUUAGUCAACAACCACCCGGUCCAGCUGCCCUUCAGCCAGUCUGGGGUUCUCAUUGAGCUCAGCAGUGGCUACCUGAAGGUGGUGGCCAGGCUGGGCCUGGUCUUCGUGUGGAAUGAUGAUGACAGUCUCCUGCUGGAGUUGGACACCAAAUACACCAACAAGACUUGUGGUCUCUGUGGAGACUUCAAUGGCAGUCCAGAGUCCAGCGAGUUCCUGUCUCACAAUGUUAGACUGACACCUCUUGAGUUUGGGAACCUCCAGAAGAUGGACGGCCCCACAGAGCAGUGCCAGGACCCCCUCCCUGUGCCCCAGAAGAACUGCUCCACCAAAUCUGGCAUCUGUGAAGAGAUCCUGAAAAGUCAGCUGUUCUCAGACUGCUCAGCCCUGGUGGACAUCAGCAGCUACCUGGAGGCUUGCAGGCAGGACCUCUGUCUCUGUGAACGCCCCGACCUGUCCAGCUGUGUCUGCCAAACUGUGGCUGAAUACUCCCGGCAGUGUGCCCAUGCUGGAGGGAAGCCCCAGGACUGGCGGGGUCCCAACCUCUGCUCUCAAGCAUGCCCCCUCAACAUGCAACACCAGGAAUGUGGCUCACCCUGUGUGGACACCUGCUCCAACCCCCAGCACUCCCAGGUCUGUGAGGACCACUGUAUUGCUGGCUGCUUCUGUCCUAAGGGAAUGGUUCUUGAUGACAUCAACCAGACAGGCUGUGUUCCCGUGUCCCAGUGUGCCUGCCUGUACAAUGGGACAUCUUAUGCGCCUGGUACCAACUACUCUACUGACUGCACCAACACAUGCUCUGGAGGGCGGUGGAGCUGCCAGGAGAUCCCGUGCCCUGGCACCUGCUCCGUGCUGGGAGGCUCCCACUUCUCCACAUUUGACGAAAGGCAGUACACAGUGCAUGGGGAUUGCAGCUACGUGCUGAGCAAGCCCUGUGACAGCAAUACCUUCACUGUGCUGGCUGAGCUUCGAAAGUGUGGACUGACAGACAGCGAGACUUGUCUGAAGAGUGUGACGCUGAGCCUGGGUGGGGGGCAGACGGUGAUCAUGGUAAAAGCCACUGGAGAGGUCUUUGUGAACCAGAUUUAUACCCAGCUGCCGGUGUCUACAGCCAAUGUUACCCUCUUCCGGCCUUCAACCUUCUUCAUCAUUGCCCAGACCCACGUGGGUCUGCAGCUUGAGAUCCAGCUGGUGCCCAUCAUGCAGGUGUUUGUGCGGCUGGCACCUGAGCUCAGGGGUCUAACCUGCGGGCUCUGUGGGAAUUUCAACAGUAUCCAGGCCGACGAUUUCCAGACCAUCAGUGGGGUUGUGGAGGGCACAGCAGCCGCCUUCUUCAACACCUUCAAGACCCAGGCGGCUUGUCCGAACGUCAAGAAUAUCUUUGAGGACCCCUGCUCUCUCAGCGUGGAGAAUGAGAAGUAUGCUCAGCACUGGUGUUCUCAGUUGACUGAUGCCAGCGGCCCAUUUUCCAAGUGCCAUACCACCGUGAACCCCAGCACCUACUACUCGAACUGCAUGUUUGACACGUGCAACUGUGAGAAGAGCGAGGACUGCAUGUGUGCCGCCCUGUCUUCCUAUGUGCAUGCCUGUGCCGCCAAAGGCGUGCUGCUCAGUGGCUGGAGAGACGGCGUCUGCACAAAGCCUACAACUACCUGCCCCAAGUCGAUGACCUACCAAUACCACAUCAGCACCUGCCAGCCCACUUGUCGUGCUCUGAAUGAGGAAGAUGUCACCUGCCGUGUCAACUUCAGCCCUGUAGAUGGUUGCACCUGUCCUGCAGGGACCUUCCUGGAUGAUUUAGGCAAAUGUGUGCAGGCCACCAGAUGUCCCUGCUACCACAGGGGAUCCACAGUUCCCAAUGGCGAGUCUGUGCACGAGAGUGGGGCCGUUUGCACCUGCACCCAAGGGACACUGACCUGCAUCGGAGGUCCUGCCCCGACUCCAGUGUGUGUUGCACCCAUGAUCUAUUCUGACUGCCGCAAUGCCACGUCUGGGGACACUGGAGCUGGAUGUCAGAAGAGCUGUCACACCCUGGACAUGACCUGUUACAGCUCUGAGUGCGUGCCUGGCUGCGUGUGCCCGGACGGGUUGGUGGCAGAUGGUAAUGGAGGCUGUGUUGUUGCUGAGGACUGUCCUUGUGUGCACAACGAGGCCACUUAUAGGCCUGGGGAGACCAUCCAAGUGGGCUGCAACAACUGCACCUGUGAGAACAGGAUGUGGCGGUGCACAGACAAGCCCUGCCUGGCCACCUGUGCUGUGUAUGGGGAUGGCCACUACAUCACUUUCGAUGGGCAGCGAUACAGCUUCAGUGGGAACUGCGAGUACACGCUGCUGCAGGACCACUGUGAUGGGAACGGCAGCUUCCAGGAUGCCUUUCGUGUUGUCACCGAGAACAUCCCCUGUGGUACCACAGGAACCACCUGCUCCAAGGACAUCAAGAUCUUCCUGGGGAACUAUGAGCUGAAGCUGACCGAUGGCAAGGUGGAAGUGGUCCAGAAGGGCCUCGGGCAGGAGCCCCCCUACUAUGUCCACCAGAUGGGCAUCUACCUGGUGGUGGAAACCGACGCUGGCCUGGUGCUUCAGUGGGACAGGAAGACCAGCAUCUUUCUCAGACUCAGCCCUGAGUUCAAGGGCAGGGUCUGUGGCCUGUGUGGGAACUUUGACGACAAUGCCAUCAACGACUUCACCACGCGCAGCCAGUCUGUGGUUGGUGAUAUGCUGGAGUUUGGAAACAGCUGGAAAUUCUCCCCAUCCUGCCCAGAUGCCCUGGUGUCCAAGGACCCCUGCACUGCCAACCCUUACCGCAAGUCCUGGGCCCAGAAACAAUGCAGCAUCAUCAACAGCGCGACCUUCGCCACCUGCCACGCCCAUGUGGAGCCUGCCAAGUACUACGAAGCCUGUGUGAGUGAUGCAUGUGCCUGCGACUCAGGGGGUGACUGCGAGUGUUUCUGCACUGCUGUGGCUGCCUAUGCCCAGGCCUGCCACGAAGUGGGCGUGUGUGUGUCCUGGAGGACACCGGACAUCUGCCCACUCUUCUGUGACUACUACAACCCAGAGGGUCAGUGUGAGUGGCACUACCAGCCGUGUGGGGCCCCCUGCAUGCGCACCUGCCUGAACCCUAGUGGAGAAUGCCUACAAGAUCUUCGUGGCCUUGAAGGCUGCUACCCCAAGUGCCCACCAACAGCCCCCAUCUUUGAUGAGGGCACGAUGCAGUGUGUAUCCAACUGUACAGUCCAUCCCCACUCACGUCUACCACCCUGCCGCAUCAAUGGGAAGUCGUACCGACCAGGUGCGACGGUACCUUCAGACAAGAACUGCCAUUCCUGCGUUUGCACGGAGAACGGCGUGAGCUGUAGCCACAAUGUUUCGGCCUGUGUCUGUACCUACAGUGGACAGGACUUCCAUCACGGGGAAGUCAUCUACAACACGACAGAUGGCAUGGGAGGCUGUAUCUCUGCAUACUGCGGGGCUAACGGCACUAUCGAGAGGAUUACUGACACCUGCAGCCCCACCACUCCCAUGCCCCCGACCACGUUCUCCUUCUCCACACCAGUUGUCAUGACCUCAGUGAUACCCUCCAGCACACAUCCCAGCCCUACCCUGAGUGUCGUGUACACAGGGUCCCCAAGCAGGGCUCCACCAACAACCAGCAGCAUGCUGUCUGUCGAGACCCCUGCCACAGCCUCUACCUUGACCUCAUCUACGACAGCCUCCACCUUAACCACGCCAGGCUGCGAGGAGGAGUGCUCCUGGUCUCCCUGGAUGGAUGCCAGCCGCCCUGGACGUGGCAUUGACGGUGGUGACUUUGACACUCUAGAGAACCUCCGUGCCCAUGGCUACCAGACCUGCCAAGUGCCCAGGGAAGUGGACUGCCGUGCUGAGGCUACCCCUGAGGUGCCACUUCACGCCCUAGGGCAGCGUGUGGAGUGCAGUACAACUGCCGGGCUGACCUGUCACAACAGGGAUCAGGUGUCGGGGCUCUGUGACAAUUACCAGAUCAGAAUUCUGUGCUGCACCCCCAUCAGCUGUCCAGCCUCCAGUGGUCCUACCCAGACCACCCAUUUGAUAACCUCCACGACAACGACAAUGGGGACCACAACCUCCUCAGCCCCUGUCACCUCCCCUGACCACACAGAGAGCACGGUGAUGUCAGGUGCCUCUACCCAUGCACCAGGUCCUUUCCCCUCUUCCUCACAUCCUUCUCCAUCAGCUCCAAGGCCCUCCAUCCCUGGCCCAGUUAGUUCUACCACAAUUAAGACAACUCUGUCCACCACUAGCCCAACGCCAGAACCAACUUCAGCCACAUCAUCUAUGUCUGUAUCAACUUCAGGGUCCACCGUGGCUUCUCUGCAGACUACUCAUGAGUGCAAACAGGAGCACUGCAGUUGGACUGAUUGGAUAGAUAGCAGCUACCCUGGGCCCGGCCGAAACAGUGGAGAUUUUGACAGCUUCCUAAACCUGAGAGCCAAAGGCUACAAGUUCUGUGAGAAGCCACAAAAUGUUGAGUGUAGGGCUCAGUUCUUUCCCAACACUCCCCUGGAGGAGCUGGGCCAGGACGUAACCUGCAACCGAGAGGAAGGCUUGAUCUGUCUGAACAAGAACCAGCUGCCACCCAUUUGUUAUAACUACGAGAUCCGGAUACAGUGUUGCACAGUGGUGGAUGUGUGCUCCACCGCUUCGGCUGCCACUCAUCCUACCCCACAUGCAGUAAGCACGAAAACCAAGAUCAAAGGAACCACAAGCUUGCAUUCCUCCUCCAUCACCUACACCAGUACUCACUCAGCGAUGACACACACAAAGACCUUGGCCACAGAGAGUCCACACAUAGUCACGGAGCCAGUGACCACCCACUGCCAGCCCCAGUGCAACUGGACCAAGUGGUUUGACACUGACUUCCCGGUGCCCGGGCCGCAUGGAGGGGACCUGGAAACCUACAGCAACAUCCUGAGGAAGGGAGAGAGCAUCUGUCACCGGCCAGAGGAGAUCACACAGCUGGAAUGCAGGGCUGAGAAUCAUCCUGAGGUGCGGCUGGAGGAUCUGGGUCAGGUGGUGCAGUGCGACCCCACUGUGGGCCUGGUGUGCAGGAACCGGGACCAGCAGGACAUCUCCGGGAUGUGCCUCAACUAUGAGGUGCGAGUCCUGUGCUGCCGCGUGCCUGAAGGCUGCCCUGAGACUACACGUGCCACUCCUGCCAGCUCUCCAAGUGAGACUGUCACCAGUUCAGUGCCUGGCACCACUUCUGUUCAUAGAGCAAUCAGCACGUCCAUGCCUCAAACCAGGACAACCAUUGUGCAGACAGCCAGCACCACCUCCACACCCCAAACCAGCUCACCCUUCAUAGAAAAAUCCAGCACCAUCUCUGGGCAGACCAUUUCCACCAGAGACACCAGAACCACCUCUGGGCAGACAGCCAGCACCACAUCCACACCUAAACCCAAACCAAGUUCUGAGCCUUCGGCCAGUACCACCUCUAAACCCCAAACAAGCUCAACACUUAUAGGACAUUCCAGCACAGCCUCUGGACAGCCAGCCAGCACCAUGUCCACCAGAGACACCAGAACCACCUCUGAGCAGACAGUCAGCACAACCACCUUGCAUAAACCCAGACCAACCUCUGGGCAGUCAGCCGGAACCACCUCCACACCUCAAACCAGUGCAGUCUCUGGGCAAAAAGUCAGCACAGUGUCCACCAGGGACACCAGAACCACCUCUGUGCAGACAGCCAGCACCACCUCCACACCUCAAACAAGCUCACCCUUCAUAAAAAAAUCUAGCACUACUGCUGGGCAGACGGCCAGUACUAUUUUCACCAGGGACACCAGGACCACCUCUGGGCAGACAGCCAGCACCACCUCCAUACCUAAACCCAAACCAAGCUCUGAGCCUUCAGUCAGCACCACCUCCAAACCCCAGACAAGCUUAACACCUAUAGAACAUUACAGAACAACCUCUGGACAGCCAGCCAGCACCAUGUCCACCAAGGGCACCAGCGCCACCUCUGAGAAGACAGCAAGCCCUGGGCCUCAUCCUGGGAUGACUUCCUCCCCACUGACCACCCACUGCCAGCCCCAGUGCAACUGGACCAAGUGGUUUGACACUGACUUCCCGGUGCCCGGGCCACAUGGAGGGGACCUGGAAACCUACAGCAACAUCCUGAGGAAGGGAGAGAGCAUCUGUCACCGGCCAGAGGAGAUCACACAGCUGGAAUGCAGGGCUGAGAAUCACCCUGAGGUGCGACUGGAGGAACUGGGUCAGGUGGUACAGUGCGACCCCACUGUGGGCCUGGUGUGCAGGAACCGGGACCAGCAGGACAUCUCCGGGAUGUGCCUCAACUAUGAGGUGCGAGUCCUGUGCUGCCGCGUGCCUGAAGGCUGCCCUGAGACUACACAUGCCACUCCUGCCAGCUCUCCAAAAAAUACCAGUACCACCUCUUGGCAGCCAGCCAGCACCGUGCCCAUCAGAGACACCACAACCACCUCUGGGCAGACUGCCAGCACAACAUUCAUGGGAAGAACCAGCACCACCUCUGUGCCUGCAACCAGAGCCACCUCGGCUCCUCUGAGCACCACAAGCCCUGAGCCUCAUCCUGGGAUGACUUCCUCCCCACUGACCACCCACUGCCAGCCCCAGUGCAACUGGACCAAGUGGUUUGACACUGACUUCCCGGUGCCCGGGCCACAUGGAGGGGACCUGGAAACCUACAGCAACAUCCUGAGGAAGGGAGAGAGCAUCUGUCACCGGCCAGAGGAGAUCACACAGCUGGAAUGCAGGGCUGAGAAUCACCCUGAGGUGCGGCUGGAGGAACUGGGUCAGGUGGUACAGUGCGACCCCACUGUGGGCCUGGUGUGCAGGAACCGGGACCAGCAGGACAUCUCCGGGAUGUGCCUCAACUAUGAGGUGCGAGUCCUGUGCUGCCGUGUGCCUGAAGGCUGCCCUGAGACCUAUUGGACUCCCCCUGUGACCACACCCCUCAAACCCUCAUUUCCAUUUGUGUCACCCUCAUCUGUGUCCCCAUUACCAUCUUCGAGCCCUGCAGUGCAUUUUACCACUUCUUGUGUGUGCAACGUGUCAGGUCAACUAUAUCCUAUCGGAUCCAAGAUCUACAACAAGACAGAUCUGGACGGGCAUUGUUACUAUGCCUAUUGCAACAUGACCUGCCAGGUGGAUAGAGGGGUUAGUAAGGACUGCCCUUCCACCAUGCCGACCCCUGCAACAGCUCUGUCCACCUCUACGUCUCCCAUCGUCCCUGUCACCGAGACGGAUUGGUGCAAUGUGUUCCCUCCCAGAAUGAAAGGGGAGAACUGGCCCAUGCCUAAUUGCUCCCAAGCCACCUGUGAGGGCAACAAUGUUGUCUCCCUAAGUCCACGCCAGUGCCCAGAGAUGAAGGCACCAUCUUGUGCCAACGGCUAUCCACCCCUGAAGGUGGAUGACCAGGAUGGUUGCUGCCAGCACUACCAGUGCCAGUGUGUUUGCAGCGGCUGGGGUGAUCCCCACUACAUCACAUUUGAUGGCACCUACUACAGUUUUCUGGAUAAUUGCACGUACGUGUUGGUGCAGCAGAUCGUGCCUGUGUUUGGACCCUUCCGUGUGCUCAUUGACAACUACUUCUGUGACCUGGGAGACAGUGUUUCCUGCCCGCAGUCCAUCAUUGUGGAGUACCACCAGGACCGUGUGGUGCUGACCCGCAGGCCAGUUGACGGGAUCAUGACCAACCAGAUCAUCUUCAACAACAAGGUAGUGAGUCCAGGCUUCCAGCAGAAUGGCAUUGCCGUCUCCCAUGUGGGUGUUAAGAUGUACGUUACCAUUCAGGAGAUUGGUGUCCAGGUCAUGUUCUCAGGCCUCAUCUUCUCUGUUGAGGUGCCCUUCAACCUGUUCGCCAACAACACCGAGGGCCAGUGCGGCACUUGUACCAACGACAAGAAGGACGAGUGCCGCCUGCCUGGAGGGGCAGUAACCUCUUCUUGUUCUGAGAUGGCCGGCCACUGGAAGGUGCCCGACCAGCCUGCCUGCCAAGGGCCUCCUCCAACACCAGCUUCAGUGGUACCCAGUCCUUCACCGACCCCGUGUCCGUCAUCACCACUCUGUCAGCUCAUCCUAAGCAACGUCUUCCUGUCCUGCCACCCUGUCAUCCCUCCCCUGCCGUUCUACGAAGGCUGCUUGUUCGACGCCUGCCAUGGCGUGGACUGGGAGGUGGUGUGCUCAAGCCUGGAGCUCUACGCAACACUCUGUGCCGCCAAAGGCCAGUGCAUCCCCUGGAGAAGCUACACCAACAACACCUGUCCAUUCAACUGUUCUGAUAACACAGUAUACAAGCCGUGUGGCCCAACCAACCCUCACUACUGCUAUAGGAAUGACGACAUCAGCACCAGCUUGAUCCUUCAAGAAGCUGGCUCCUUCUCAGAGGGCUGCUUCUGUCCGGAUAACACAACACUUUUCAGCACUAAUGAUUCAGUCUGCGUGCCUUCCUGUCAAUGGUGUCUGGGGCCUCAUGGAGAACCUGUGGAGCCCGGCCACACCGUCAGCAUCGAUUGCCAGGACUGUGUCUGCAAGGGCGGCACGCUGACCUGCCAAAGGAAGUCCUGUCCCCAGACCACCUGUCCAGAGCCUGGCUUUGUGCCGGUGCCCGAAGCCCUGCAGGCUGGCCAGUGUUGUUCCCAGUUCAGCUGUGUCUGCAACUCCAGCCACUGCCCUCCUCCUCUGCACUGCCCCGAGAAUUCUAGCCUGGUGGUCAUCUACGAGGAAGGAGCUUGCUGCCCACGACAAAACUGCAGCAGUCAGAAGGGCUGUGAAAUCAACGAGACUCUCUAUCAGCCUGGUGCUGUGAUCUCCUCCAGUCUAUGUGAAACAUGCGUAUGUCAGGCGCCCAGCAAUCCCCAUUCAGAUGUCUUUGUGGUCAACUGUAAGAAUGAGUUCUGCAACACCCAAUGCCCUAAGGGCUCCGAGUACCAGCCCGAGCCAGGACAGUGUUGUGGCCGGUGUGUGCCGAAGGCCUGCUCUUUUAAACACAGCAACAGCUCUGUCUCCUAUUACCUUCCUGGUGAGUCCUGGCCAGAACCUGGGAACAACUGUGUGACUCAUAAGUGUGAGAAUUUCCAAGAUACACUCACGGUUGUGACAAUGAAGAUGGAGUGCCCCAAGAUCAACUGUCCACUGGGCCAGGCUCAGCUGAGAGAAGACGGUUGCUGCUAUGACUGUCCCAACACCCAGAAGAAAUGCGCAGUAUACCAAAGACAGCAGAUCAUCCGUCAGCAAAACUGCAGCUCCGAGGGGCCAGUGAGCCUCUCCUACUGCCUGGGCAACUGCGGGGACAGCACCUCCAUGUACUCCCUGGAGGCGAACACCGUGGAGCAUAAGUGUGAGUGCUGCCAGGAGCUGCAGAUCUCACAGAGGAAUGUGACUCUGCACUGUGACGACGGCUCCAGCCGCACCUUCAACUACACCCAGGUUGAGAAGUGCGGCUGCCUGGGUCAGCGGUGCCAUGCUCCAGGCGACACAAGCUACCCAGAGUCCUCAGAAUCAGAGUUCAAGUCCCAGGGAAGUAAGGGACACGGCCAGCAGUAA